AGGGACUUUGUAUUUAAUGCUGACGUGUGUUGGGUUGUACUCGUCACAGAGAGAUAAUUGAAACACCAGUAUUUCAUUUUCUAUUCAAUUUAAGUAUUUUUUUUCCUACCUUCCUUCGUGUCCACUAUUAGGAUAGUUUUCUGAUUGCCUUGUUGGUGGGGGAGUUCCGCUGAAUUCCAAAAUCUCUCUAUUAUCACCAUGGGUCUUACCAUUUCAAGUCUGUUCACUCGGCUUUUCGGCAAGAAGCAAAUGAGAAUUUUGAUGGUUGGACUUGAUGCUGCUGGUAAAACAACAAUCCUUUACAAGCUCAAGUUGGGAGAAAUUGUGACCACAAUCCCUACAAUUGGUUUCAAUGUGGAAACUGUUGAAUACAAAAACAUCUGCUUUACAGUCUGGGAUGUUGGAGGCCAAGACAAAAUUCGUCCUCUUUGGAGACACUACUUUCAAAACACCCAAGGACUCAUCUUUGUUGUAGAUUCCAAUGAUAGAGAACGUAUCACAGAAGCACAAGACGAACUUCAGAAAAUGCUUCAAGAAGAUGAGUUGCGAGAGGCUGUUGUCUUGGUAUUUGCCAACAAGCAAGAUUUACCACAGGCCAUGAGUGCUGCUGAACUUACCGAUAAACUAGGCCUUAAUCAACUAAGAGGGAGGAGAUGGUAUAUCCAAGCAACAUGUGCCACACAAGGUCAUGGAUUGUAUGAAGGACUUGACUGGCUCUCCAAUGAACUAGCUAAAUAGUAGUAUUUGGCAUGUUCCCAUUGAUAAAUCCUGCUGGUGGCUUAAGGAAAUUCCUCAAAUUUCAGAUUUGGUGGUGGAGGAAAACCAAACAUUCCUCCUGAGCUAUUAUUCUUCACUUUCAGUCCUUUCUCCUUAUUUGCUCUGUUUAUGAAAUCAUAAUUUUGUUUGUCAUAUUUGAUGUAUCUAAUUUGGAUGUCAAAUUUAAAAAAAGAAAGAAUUUGAGAAGAAUACAUUAGUUACAGUAUUUGCCUUAAAAA